AUGGUACGCUGGAACAAUAAUGAUACUAACUGUAUUAUUCUGAAUGUGGAUGGAAGCUGUUUAGGUGAACUUAUUCGAGCCGGUUUUGGAGGUGUUAUCCGGAAUUCUGCAGGGUUCUUCAUCUCGGGUUUCUCAGGCUUCAUCGCUGCAACAACGGACAUUCUGCUUGCCGAGCUUACUGCUAUUCACCGUGGACUUCUCCUGGCAGUGCAAUUGGGUAUUGAGGAAAUGGUUUGCUACUCUGACUCCAUGCUCUCCGUAAAACUACUCACUGAACAUGUUCCCACCUAUCAUGUGUAUGCCGUAUUAAUUCAAGACAUCAAAGACAUUCUAGCCACUACAGAUUUCUCAAUUCAACAUUGUUUUAGAGAAGGGAAUCAAUGCGCUGACUUCAUGGCGAAGCUAGGAGCAAACUCUAAUGCAGAUUACAUUUCUCACAACACUCCUCCUCAUGACCUUCUCCCUUUAAUCAGGACAGACGCCAUGGGAACCUUGUUUCCCAGAGCUUAA